UGAAAUGUUUCUAUUACGUAAUUUUGACCAUCUAGUUCAUUUUAAAAAGCUGUGUGAUAAGUGUUUAAUUUGCCCAUUAUGAGCAGGUCAUUUACAAGGUGUUAGGUGAUACUUUGAUGUCCAGUUUUAGAUGGCCUAAAAGUAACUGGGGUAUUGAAUACACCAACCUAGAGCAGAUAGUAAUCCAGCAGAGGGCAAGUUUCCUGCAAGCCUUAUGCAGGCCCUCAGUAUUGGUCACAGGGCAGUAAUCUGUCCCCAUCCUGUGAUGGGAGGGAGGGAUGCAUAACUUUACAACAAUUGUAGGGAGAUGUAGGGGCUAGGGAUGCAUUAGCUGUCUUGGAGGACUGUGCACCUUAACACAUUUCUAAUGCCCUCACUAAAGCCUCUACUGAGUGAAGGGGUCAUUUCCACUAUGUUUUUAGUCUCUUCAGGUUUACUUCCUGUUUUAAAAAAGGCUUCUCUUGGUCCUAAAAUAGCCCAGGGGGCCAAAAACAUGGUAAAAAUGCCUCCCACACCACCUGUGGCAUUUUGGGAGAAAUGUUUUGAAAAAUUGAAAUGAGUAAAAUGUCUCAGGGGGUUUACAGGGCACAGUUUGUUCAUCUCUGCUCUACAACCUUAAGGGCAGAAAUGUCAAAGGAGGUAUUUCUGGUAACCACUAACAUGUAGCAAGGUGUCUCACUGUCAUGGAUUAUUUUCAACCAUGACUAGCUGUUUCUGAAUGUCUUCUGCAGCGGGGAGGGUCCCUGAGGUUAGUGAUUUUAAAGGGUGGAUCUUAAAGUAAGCAAACAGAACAUCGUGUUUUGGGGACUACAAAAAGAUCAGUCUUUUAGAAUUAAUUUUGGGUCUGGUUAACCCAUGACUUCAGAGGGGCUUCUAACUGCUCAUUUCACCAAGAUUAAUUUUAUGAUGUUUAUUAAUAAACCUCUUUCUUCUUGAAUAUAACCAGGAUCUCACUUUUUACAGUUGGAAUACUGAUUUCAGUAGAAGUUCUAAUAGAAUCUAACUGAAACCAGUAAUGGAAGAGCUAGCUCAUUCCCACUCCUACUAGCUUCUCUAAAGGCUGUUCUGCUUUGCUGUCUAAGCUAAGGCCUGGUAUGUUUCUCCGCCUGGUCUCCCAUGUUCCGUUCUGUGGUGCUUGGCCGACUCUUAGCUCGAAUGUUGCCACUUCUGGCUGCUGAUGUUAUACAGAAAAAGGAUUCUGAAUUCUUCGGCUGGCAUCGUGAGACACAUCCUUAUUAUAACCUCACAGUAAAAAUCCUCAGAGCCAGAAACAUCCAUGGCUUAGAUUUACUGUCUAAAGCAGAUUGUUAUGUGGCACUGAAACUUCCUACGGCAUCUCCAUUGAUAAAAAGAACUCAGGUUGUCUAUAACUCCAGUGAUCCAGAGUGGAAUGAAACUUUUGAAUACCGAAUCCACAGUGCUGUGAAGAAUAUUCUGGAAUUAACAUUCUACAACAGAGAUAUUGUGCUGAGCAGUUUAAGCAACCAUGCCACAUCCAUUGCAUUUGAUACAGGGAAUAUAACCCCAGGAGAGAUUUUGAAUCAUACAUUUGUCCUAAAUUCUCAGGCCCCUGUAGUGGCUGUUGCAGCAUCUGGAGGAGGGAUGAGGCGAAUGACUGGAUGUAUGGCAACCUGUCUGGCCUGCAGCAGCUUGCCUCUUAGAUAUCCUGACAUAUCUGUGGCGUCUCAGGAUCUACCUGAAUGGUGUGAGUAUACGCCAUAUGAAUUUGGUUUUCAUAAAUAUGGAGCUUUUAUCCGCACAGAAGACUACAGCAGUAGAUUUUUCAUGGGUUUAUUGCUUGAGAGACAUCAGGAACCCAGGAUCUGUUUCCUCCAAGGAAUUUGGGGCAGUGCCUUUGCUGGCAACAUAGAGGACAUCUGGAAAGACACAAUGGAAUCUGUGAAAGGUGCCAUCAAAAUUGUAGAUGAGCUCUUGGGCUCUCAGUCCCUGGACUCUUCCCCAAGACAAGCUCAGGUGAUCAUGCCAGGAGGAGCCUUUACACAGCUAUUUUACAAUUUAUUUAAGUCACGGAUAACCACUGGGGAAAACUUCAACUUUCUACAUGGACUGUAUCUUCAUAAGGACUAUGUCAAUGACAAGGAAUUUGUAGCUUGGAAAGAGACUCACCUGGAUGCAGUGCCCAAUCAACUGACACCUGGAAAAAGCAGUCUACAUCUGGUGGAUGGGGGGGUUGUUAUCAACUCUCCAUUUCCAGUGAUACUUCAGCCAGAGAGAGAUGUGGAUAUCAUAUUUUCAUUCAAUUACUCUUGGCAGUCUCCUUUUGAGAUCUUGCAUCAGACUCAGAGCUACUGUGAAGAAAGAGGAAUUCCUUUUCCACACAUUGCUGUCUCUGACAAUGAUAAGCAAAACCCAAAGGAGUGUUACAUGUUUUUGAAUGCUGAUGAUCCAAAGGCUCCAAUAGUGCUUCAUUUCCCACUGGUGAACAAAACAUUUAAAAAAUACAAAGCACCAGGAGUAAAACGUGACACUGAGGAGGAGAAGUCUUUUGCAGACUUUCAUAUAUAUACAGAAGAUGGUCCUUAUGGUUACACAAAGUUCACCUAUCAGCCAAUAGAUUUUGACAGACUGCUGCAACUGAGCUGUUACAAUGUAAUUAAUAACAAAGAUGCUAUUUUAAAAGCUCUUCACCUGGCCAUGAAGAGAAGGAAGUUCAAGAAGACUAAGCAAAAAUGAGAUGCAGUCUUGUUUCGGCAAGAACAAGUUACUGCGGGGACUGAAUAUCAGCAUGUUUAAGUAAAUGAGAAAAGAUUCGCAAUUGAUAG